UCCAGGUACAAGUAAUGUUAUCAGCGGAGCAGCGGUAGCAGUCGAAGCAGACAUGUCGACAAAGACGGUGGGGAACUUUGUGCAGUGCCCAGUGUGCAGGGCGAGCCACGCCCCCACCAAUGGAGCACUGAAGGAUGGUGUGUACGCUGGUACCUGUGAAAACUGUGGUCACUUCUUCAAGUUCAAGGCGACAGGUUUUCUCAAGUCCUCUGUCACGUUCACCAUAAAUGGGACUUCCUACACAGUUGGCAACCAGUAUGCCGCAGCUCUCUCCCUCAGUGAGUUCGUGAGGUCCCAGGGUGUGUCCUAUGGCACCAAAGCCAGGUGCUUAGAGGGAGGGUGUGGCGUUUGCCUCGUCACUACCACACUGUAUGAUCCCAUCACAAAGGACGUGCAGACCUACACAGUCAACUCGUGUCUGGUUCCUCUGUACACGUGUGACGGCAUGCAAGUGACAACCAUCGAGGGUCUGGGCAACCCCAGGGAUGGCCUACACCCGAUACAAGACCGUCUGGCACAGUACAAUGGCUCUCAGUGUGGCUUCUGUAGUCCAGCCAUGGUUAUGAAUAUGUAUGGUCUCCUGAAGAGAACACCCAACCCCACAAUGCAGCAAGUGGAAAACAACUAUGAUGCAACGAUUUGCCGGUGUACAGGGUAUCGCCCGAUUCUUGAUGCCAUGAAGUCCUUUGCCUCAGACGCUCCACCAACCCUGCCUGGCGGUGCUAUUGACAUUGAGGAACUUGACAAGAAGAUUUGCAACAAAACCGGGAAGACCUGCACAGGACGCUGUUCAUCUGAGAGACAGACUGACCCGGGGCAGGUGCCCCUCCACAUUGUGCUGCAAGGGUCACAGUGGUACAAACCCACCACCAGGCAGCAGCUCUACACCCUUCUCGGACAACACCAGGGAGACAACUACAGGCUCGUGUUCGGGAAUUCUGGAUUCGGUGUAUAUAAAGAAAUUGGACCGUGGAUGUAUAAUGUCCUCAUUGACCUGCGUGGAAUCCAGGAGUUUUACAGCAUUUCUAUUGACUCCUCCAAAGUGAUGUUUGGACCUAGCAUCACUCUGACCAACAUGUUGGAAGUCUUUGAGAAAAACAGCACCAACCCUGCUUUAUCCUACUUCCGGGACUUCGCCAGCCACGUGGGCGUCAUCGCCAACACUGGAGUUAGGAACUUGAGCAGCUGGGCCGGUAACCUGAUGCUGAAGAACCUCCACACUGAGUUCCCGUCUGAUGUUUUCACCAUGUUCGAGACAGUCGGGGCAACUCUGUUCAUCGGGUCGAGUGAUGGCACAGAGAAGUCAUACAGCCUCAUGGACUUCCUGAAGCUGGACAUGAAGGGCAAGGUCAUACUGUCUGUCACACUUCCAACAUUCCCGUCUGGAGACGUCUAUGUCAAGUCCUUCAAGAUUACCCCAAGACGUCAGAACGCCCACGCCUAUGUGACAGCAGGCAUCAGGAUGCAGCUGGACAGGAGCAACAACUACACUGUCAAGACAAAACCAUCCCUGGUGUAUGGCGGCAUCAACAAGACACUGGUACACGCCAGCAAGACCGAGGCUUUUCUGCAGGGCAAACAAUUGGGGAAUGCUUCAGUUCUUAAAACCGCACUAUCCCGUCUUUCCUCCGAGUUGAUCCCAGACACUACAGCUGGGUUAUCGAGUACAGCCUACAGAAAGAACCUGGCCAUCUCACUGUUCUACAAGUAUGUGCUCGGCAUGUGUGGUGAGAAAGCAGCGGCAAGAUUCCAGAGUGGAGGCACCAACUUGAUACGGCCCGUGUCUUCAGGCACUCAGACGUAUGACACUCGUAAAGACGAAUAUCCCCUGACUCAACCAAUGGUAAAGGCUGAUGCAACCUUACAGACUUCAGGACAGGUCCAGUUUGUUGGUGACAUCCCGCCUGUUCCAAAUGAAGUGUGUGCAUCAUUCGUCAUCAGCAGCGUUGGCAACGCCCAGAUCGACACUGUCGACACCUCUGUGGCCAUGAGCUACCCAGGAGUACUGAAGUAUAUAUCUGUAACGGAUAUACCAACUGGAGGACUGAACAACUUCAGGGAAGCUUCGGCUCUAGGCGUUGAGGAGCUGUUCUGCAGUGGACGGGUGGAGUACAGUGGACAGCCAAUCGGCCUCAUCGUGGCAGUUGACAAACUAUCAGCUGACACAGCAGCCAGCAUGGUGAAGGUUACCUACAAGAACGUCCACCCUCCAAUCAUUACCAUGGAAGAUGCUAUUCAGAAGAAGUCCAUAUUUCCAAAUGUUGCCAAGGAAUUGAAAGUUGGUGAUGCUGCAGCUGCAAUUGCGGGAUCGGACAAAAAGGUUACUGGCACCGUCAAGAUUAAACAUCAGGCCCACUUUCACCUGGAAGCACAGAUCUGUGUGUGCUACCCAGACGAGGACGGGGUGGGAGUCCAUCUUCAUUGCGCCACACAAUGGUCAGACAUUGUACAGCAGGCCGUAGCCAGAGUCCUCAACAUCAAGCAAAGCAGCAUAAGUGUCAAGGUCAAACGUCUUGGAGGAUCCUUUGGAGCAAGGAUAACUCGUGCAAACUUAACAGCUUGUGCCACAGCUCUCGCCACACAUGUGAUGAGAAGACCUGUCCGCCUGGAAAUGAACUUCCACACCAACAUGAAGACUGUAGGGAAGCGUUAUCCCUAUCUGGCAAAUUAUACAAUCGGCGUCAACAAUGAUGGGAAACUAAAUGGGAUCCAACUGAGAGCCAAUGCCGACUGUGGAAUAUCACCCAAUGACUCUUACCUUGCUAAAAAUCCUGUAUUUAUGGACAAUGCCUACUACUGCCCAGCAUGGGAUUACAAACCAGUAGCCCUGAAGACAAACCUCCCAACAAACACAUACUGCAGGUCGCCAGGAUCCUGUCCAACCAUCUUCAUCAUGGAGACGAUGAUGGAUCACGCCGCCAAAGAAUUGAACAUGGAUCCGCUGGAGUUCAGGAAACUCAACCUGUUCAACAAAGGCCAGACAACUGUCAACGGAACUAUUCUGAAGUAUUGCAACAUCAAGCAUAUUGUCGCUGAACUGGAGAAGUCAGCCAGUGUCUCGGCUAGAAAACAACAGGUUGCAGCAUUCAACCAGGCUAACAGGUGGAAGAAAAGGGGAAUUGCUGUCAUGCCUCUCCGAUGGAACGUGGACUACGCACACGCCACCUUCAACGUCUACAUGACCAUCUACCACGGGGACGGAUCCGUGGCCCUCUCCAUCGGUGGAGUGGAAAUGGGACAGGGAAUAAACAUGAAGAUGAUGCAAAUAUGUGCCUAUGAGCUGGGCAUCCCCAUUGAUACGAUCAAGGUGAAACCAACCACCACCCUGGCCGACUCCAACUCCUACACUACCGGCGGAAGCAUCACGACGGAUGUGAACGCAUUGGGAGUCGUGCAGUGCUGUCAACAACUAAAGGCCCGGAUGGCCCCGGUCAAGGCCAAGAUGUCGAACCCUACCUGGCAGCAGCUUGCAGCUACGAGCUACGCCCAAGGGGUGGACUUGUCAGCCAGAUCCGCGACAUAUCCAACUGGAGAUUUCAGUGACUACAACAUUUAUGGUGCCACGUGCACAGAAGUUGAGGUGGACAUCUUGACCGGGGAGAACCAGAUCAACAGAGUGGACCUACUGUAUGACUGUGGAGAGAGCAUGAACCCAGACGUUGACGUGGGGCAACUUGAAGGUGGUUUUGUGAUGGGAUUGGGCUACUGGUUUACAGAAGAGAUGAUCUUCGACCCUUCAACUGGCACCGCCCUGACAGACGGAACAUGGGAAUACAAACCUCCAAUGCCCAAAGACAUUCCGAUCGACUUCCGUAUCCAGUUCCUCAAGAAUGCACCCAACCCACGCGGGGUCCUGAGAUCCAAAGCUUCUGGCGAACCACCCGUCUGUAUGUCAGCAUCAGCGUUGUUUGCUGUUAAACACGCCAUCGAGGCUGCCAGGAAGGAAAUCACACAGGACUCAUACUUCCGACUCGACGGUCCAGCAACAGUGGAAAACAUACAGACAGCCUGUCAACUCGACACCUCCCAGUUGGUGUAUGGGACCUAG